AUGCCACCUCCGACAACGGCCCCUUCGAAUUCUAAGAAUAACCCCAGAGCUGUUGGUCAAACCGCUCGCGCAGCUGGGGACCCUGCCUCCACUGGCAGUUUGAGCACGCCCAUAAUCCCCGUGGUGGACUUGACUGGCGACAGUCCGGAGCCUCAGCCUUCGAGAACCGGGCGUGGAAUUCGUGUAAGCUCACAGGAAUCCGAUCCGCAUGGUCAAACAUGGCCAGAGUUCUUACGAGAGCAGUCGCCCGGCAGGCAGGCAGCGAAUAGCUCAAAUAAUAGUGGGAGUUGUCUGAGGGAGACCAGCCGCAAGCGGAGGUUAGGAAGUGCUGCUAGCGAGACUGGAGCAGAGAGAGUCCGGAGCUCCGGAGCUGGAAGCUCUUCCCGGAGACGAGGCAAUCAUGGGCUUUUGGAGACACGGUCUGAUGACGCCGUCAGUACUACUACGCUACGAACCUCGUCGACAGCAGCUCGCCAGCUGAACUCUUUACGCCAUCGAGAGAGGAGCUUUACAGAUUACCAACUUCCAAAGUGGCAGCCUGACUCGGAAGUAUCGCAGUGUCCAAUUUGCGGGCUGACGUUCAGUUUUUGGUGUCGAAAGCACCACUGCCGGAAAUGCGGACGGGUAGUUUGCGCUUCAUGCUCGCCUCACAGAAUCACCAUCCCACGGCAGUUUAUCGUACGCCCGCCAGAGUCGCGGACUUCAUCGUCUACAAAUCCACGGCCGACACCACCAAACGCACAAGUCAUAAACCUUAUUGAUGGAGAGGACGAUGCUAUCAGAACUGGUACCCCCUCCCGGGCUCCCGGACGACAAACUCAACCUUCAAAUCCAGCUCUGGGUGGAGGAGAGGAAGUUCGCCUUUGUAACCCAUGCGUUCCGGAUCCGAACCCAGAACCUCCUCGUCGAUACAGCGUUGUAGGAUCCUCUGGACACUCCAGCCCGUCUGGAGCAGCAAGCUUGAGGCAUCCCCCUCCGCUAUUCUCGUCGUCCAUGGGCAGUUCAGAGCUGUACAAUCACUUGCCGUCUUUCCAUAGACCUUCUGCGUCUCUUGGAUCAACCUCCCUAGUUGACGUUGACGCAACCCGCGAGUUCCGACGGCAUAGGAGCCGCGGGGGAGCGUCCCAAGCCGAAUCGCCCGAACUGCAUCGUGCAGGGCAAACAGGUAUUCGAAACGACCAGCUACCCCUGUACGGCGCAUUCGAUUAUACCCUUCCUCCCGUAGCUUCCGGGGUUCGAUCUCGACAGAGGCUACCUCAGAGCAUGGGUCAACAUCCGUCCAUUCCAACAUACCCUCCGCUCACCGCCAACGAUCCGGUAAGCAUUCACUCUCGGGGUUCUCAUCCGGAGCUGGGUUACAUAAGUGUUAAUUCUUUGUUCCGCAAUCGCCCAGACCGUCCCCUUCCUAACCCCCCUUGGCCUCAACAAGCCCACCCUGAAUUCGAACCCGAUCUUUGUCCGAUUUGCAACAGGACACUUUCCGGGGACGAAGAAGCGCGUGAAGCUCAUGUCCGCGUCUGCAUCCAGAGCCAUACCAGCAGCAACGGAGAAAGCUCAGACUCGCCUAGCGGCAACGCUCAGAUGGUCCAUUUCAAGGCCACGGAGAAGGAUUGUCUCAGUGAGGAUGGCGCGCCGCAAGAAUGUACCAUUUGCAUGGAGGAGUACGAGGUUGGGGCUGAAUUGACGCGCUUGCUGUGUUUCUGCAAGUUUCACAAGUCGUGCAUAACCGGGUGGUUCAGGCGCAAAGAAGAGUGUCCGUUGCAUAAGGUUUUGACUUAG